CGCCGCCCGACCCCGGGUCACCGCAGUGCACAGCGCCCUGUGCACGCGACCGCCCCAGGCGCCGUGUCAAGACGUGUGCACAGUGCAGGCGGUCGCCAGUGCGCCGCGUUCUGCCGCAGGCGGCGCCCGCACGCCGAGUGCAAUGGCCGUGUGAAAGUGCGUGGCGGCGUAGAUCAAUAGUGCGUACUAUGAAGCGGGCCGGCAGCACGGCGGGCGACGGCCGCGGCGCCGCCCGCGGGCCGCACCGGCUCCGCUAAGAUGCUGUCCAGAUUACCCAGCUAGCCUCCUGCUGCCUGACGUCGCCCGAUGGUCGCCGCGCCACGCUUCAGGAGACGGGUCAGGCACAAACUCCGGGUAUCCAGGGCAGCCAUGCUCUGCUGCGGACGAAAAAAGGAUGGUAAUGACCAGCCGGUGGACAUGGGCCGCUCACCAAGACACAACCACCAGCAGGAGCAGCAACAGCAGCAGCAGCAGCAGCAGCAGCAGGCGCAGCAGCAGCAGCAGGCGCAGCAGCAGCAGCAGCUGCAGCAGCAAGGCCUGGCCCAGCAGGGACCCUCUGGCAGCGGCAUGCCUCAGAUGGUUGUACAAAAGGAUUUCAGGAAGGUCAGCGGUAUCUCGACGGAGAUAUUCCGCCAGAUCGAAACGGUGGAGAACGACAUGGACGCGUCGACGGCGGCUGCGCUGCAGGCGGUGGAGAAGCGCGGCGAGAUGCUCGUCCGCAUCCUUGAUCCCAACCGGCUCUCCAAGAAGGCGUACGAGAGUGCGACGCGCUUCCUCGCUCUCCAGGACGGUCGACACACGAUCCAGUUCGUCGAGAUCGUCAAGCGGCCCGGCCAGACGCUCGGCCUCUAUAUCCGCGAGGGGAACGGCGCCGACCGCGCCGACGGCGUGUUCGUCUCGCGGAUCGCGCUCGAGUCGGCCGUCUACAACUCGGGCUGCCUGCGCGUCGGCGACGAGGUGUUGGCGGUCAACCUGGUGGACGUGACCCGCAUGGGACUGGACGACGUGGUGAUCAUCAUGUCGAUCCCCCGGCGGCUUGUUCUGACCACCCGGCAGCGGCGCUACCAGCACGGCGUGGAGAGCCCGCCGAUGGCGCGGCUCGAGCCCAAGCCGCCGCCCGUGGUCGUCAUCAAAAAGGAGCUGAAGGACGAGUGCGAGGAGACGGAGCGCGCGCCGCCGCCGCCGUCCACGGCGCCGCCGCCGCUACCGCCGCGCCGCCAGCGCAGCGCCGACGAGUCGCCGUACGGUUACACGCGCUCGCUGGUGCACCGGGACGGCACGCCGACCGGCUACGCCGACAUGUACGGUCGUACGCGGCGAUCACAGUUCGCGGCGGCGCCGGCCAGCCGCAGUCUGCCGCCGAGCGACUCGUGGCACAGUGAUGCCAGCUCGGUGGCCUCGUACCAGCCGCCGCCGCCGGUGGUGACCGAGCAGCCGCGUGGCUCGCAGCCGCUCUACUCGCCUUACGACCGCGCCUACCCCAAGACGCUCGAGUCGCUGGCCGAGCGCGUGCACGGCGGCCCGCUCGACUCGCUGGCCGGCAACGUCGAGUCGCUGUACGCGGCGGCGCGGCGCGGCGGAUACGGCAGCCUUCCGCGCGGCGGCGGCCACUACCGCGGCCGCGGCCGUGGCCUAGAGCGUGGCCGCGGCGUGACCCGCACCUACAGCGACCAGCGCCUGCCGAUGACGGACGCCGACGCCGGCGACUUCUCCAUGCCGCCGGCCAUGCGGCCCAACUUCAAGACCUCGUCGCUGCAGUACCCGCUGCGCUACACGGACACGAUGAAGAGGCUGAGUGUCAUGCGCCGGCGCACGGCCUCGCUCGACUACGCGUCCGACUCGGAGGCGGUGGUGGGCGGCCGGCCGCCGAUGACCCACCGCACGCGGCCGCAGCAACUAGCCGCAGCCGGGCCGCGGAGCAACUCGCUGCCGCGCGACGGACGCGGCGCGCUGCGCGGCCGGCCGCGCUACGCCUCCGGGUACGGCUCGGCGGGCACGGCCGACAGCCAGGAUGAGAGCGACGGCGCCGUCAGCGCGCCCGAGCUGCUCACCAGGAGAGCGGGUCCACCCAGCAUGCGGACGGCCGGCGGGUUCGCGACGGCGGACGCCAGCCAGUGGCUGUCGCGCGCGCCCUCCACCAGCGCCAUUUACGAGAGGAUCCGCUCCCAGCGGGACGCCGCCGGCCUGCCGCCCAAUCACCGCGGCGUGCGCUUCACCUUCAGCGCCGAAAACCUGCAAGGCGGCGUCGAGGAGUCACCCUACUACUCGUACCGGCCGCACCUGACGACGCUGCGCUCACAGGCGGCGGCCGCCGCCGCGCCCCUCUCGCAGCGGCUGCGCAGCUUGCUGGAGGAGCGCAGCAUGACGCCGACGCCGCAGCCGGGCGCCGCCUCGCGCUUCUCCGUGCUGAACAUCAACCCGGCCGAGUUCCUGCGAUACAAGUCGGAGCGGACGUCGGUCUCGAGCGCCGAGGAGGGCCCGUCUGGUAUGCUGUGGGUGCACCUGCUGUCGGGCCGCGGCCUGAAGCCGGCCGGCCGCAUGCAGCACCUGCGCGACCUCUACUGCGUGCUCGAGUGCGACCACGUGCACAAGGCGCGCACGGUCAUCCGCACCGGCGACCUGGUGUUCGACUGGGACGAGACGUUCGAGCUUGACCUGAUCAGCAACCGCGAGCUCGACUUCCUCAUCUACUCUUGGGACCCGCAGUUCCGGCACAAGCUCUGCUACAAGGGCUCCGUCUGUGUGGCCUCGCUCUUGCGAGAGAGCAACGUCUACCAGUUGGCGCUCAAGGUGGAGCCGCACGGCAGCCUCUACGUCAAGCUGCGCUACACCGAGCCGAAGCGCUGCUUCGAGCGCACGCCGAGUCCGCGGAAGUCGGCGCUCUUCGGCGUCGACCUCGAGACGACGGUGGCGCGCGAGAACUCGGGCCUCAACGUGCCAUUGAUCGUCAAGCGUUGCGUGGACGAGGUGGAGCGCCGCGGUCUGGACAUCAUCGGUCUUUACCGGCUUUGCGGCUCGGCCACAAAGAAGCGGCUGCUUCGCGAGGCGUUCGAGAAGAGUCCGCGCACCGUCGACCUUUCGCCGGACAACGUGCCCGACAUCAACGUUAUCACUGGCGUGCUAAAGGACUACCUGCGAGAGCUGCCCGAGCCGCUCUUCACCAAGUGUCUGUACCAGAUGCUGUGUGAUGCGCUCUCCGUGUGUCUGCCCGACGACCCGGAAGGCAACGCUAAGCUCAUGUUCUCGAUACUGGACUGUCUGCCCAAGGUCAACCGGUGCACGCUCCUGUUCCUGAUGGACCACCUCCGGUUGGUGGCCUCCCAGUCCGAGUGCAACAAGAUGACGCCGCAGAACGUGGCCAUCUGCUUCGGCCCCGUGCUGAUGCUGCACUCGGAGAUCGGCCGCACCGAGAUCGAUUUCCACAAGCCCAUCUCCGUCCUCAAGUACCUGCUCACCAUCUGGCCGCCCAAGUCAGUUCGGGAAGCAGUGGCAGCGAGAGUCGGACCAGCUCGUCGCUCUCGUCUCUCGCCACGCCCCCCUUCGUCAUCGCGUCGGGACGCGGCGGAGCCGCCGGACCGAUCCGACCCAGCUACUACCGGCACCGACAGUGGCUCAGAGAGUCGCGAUUCCUCCCCGAAUCGACCUGCUGACCGUGCCGGCCUCCCCGGCCUGCCUGGGCCGCGCCCGCCGCCGCCGCCGCCGCCUAGCCGCUCGCGAUCACGUCUCGCCGCCGCCGCCGGUCCGCGCGACGCGACAGGCGGUGCCACCGGCGGUGCGCCGGCCCCGUCCGGCGGCCGCGAGACGCACGAGAUGAUGAUGAAGGGCGUCAUCUCAGAGUUGCAGAGCAAGCGACUGUCGGCGCGCAGCCUAGACGAGGGCUCGGCCGUUGGUGCUGAGGAGCCGGCAGAGGGCAGCUCGCGCCGCGAGAAGGACCAUGAGGCGGAGGAGGACGAGGAGGGGCCUCUGGACCUUACGUGA